AAAGGAUUGUCUCUACUCUAGCGAACAAAAAUGAUGAAAUUCACAACUUCAUUGACAUGCUGAACCAUACAAUAAAAAAUGUUCAGGUUGCUAUGUAUCACUGUCAGUCUUCCAUGGAUUUCACUCUUCAAUGAUCUGAUGUCAAGUCUAGUUAGGGGGUGCCAAUCAUUCUUAAUGUUUUCUUCCCCUUGGUAAAGUGAGGAGUGAUAAGAAGGCAAACUCUUCUAAUGUUAUGACCGAGUUGGAUGAAGAAUUUGAUGGUCUAUAUUCCAUAUUGGAUGAGAUGAAGGGGACUAUGACCAACACUAUUCAGCAAGAAGAGGCUCGUAAAAUUCAAGCUCUACAGAAUCAACUUAGCCAGUGUAGUAAUGCCCUGGAGAGUUCUGAAGAACUGCUAGAACUUGCUGCACAGUCACUGGACAUAAAGGACCCUGUAGAAUUCUCAAAGGCUGCCAGACAGAUCAAAGAUAGAGUUACAAUGGCUUCAGCAUUCCGUAUUUCUCUGAAACCAAAGGUCAGUGAUAGUAUGACUCAUCUAAUGGUGGACUUCUCCCUGGAAAGGCGGAUACUGCAGGCUGUAAAGUUUUUGCCAGUCCCUAAAGCUCCAGAGAUAGAUCUUGCAGCAUGUCUGGUUGCUGAUAACUGUGUAACAGUAUCAUGGAGAAUGCCUGAAGAAGACAACAGAAUUGAUCACUUUGUACUGGAGUACAGGAAAACCAACUUUGAUGGGCUUCCUCGAGUAAAAGAUGAGCAGUGUUGGGAGCUAGUAGACUAUAUUAAGACUACUGAAUACACGUUAUCGGGUCUGAAAUUUGAUACAAAGUACAUGAACUUUAGAGUACAAGCUUGCAACAAGGCUGUGGCAGGGGAAUACUCUGAUCCUGUGACUCUAGAGACCAAAGCAUUUGUGUUCAAUUUGGACAAUACUUCAUCUCAUCUGAACUUGAAAGUUGAAGAUACUUAUGUUGAAUGGGAUCCUACUGGAGGCAAAGGCCAAGAAAAAGUAAAAGGAAAGGAGAAUAAAGGCAGCGGCCAGAAUCCUGUACUGAAGAGUAAUAAAAGAAGUGGUACACCAUCUCCAAAGAGGACAUCUGUUAGCUCAAGAUCCUUAAUGAGGGGCAGCAGAGAUCGUUUUACUGGUGAAUCAUACACAGUGUUGGGAGACACUGCUAUUGAAAGUGGACAGCAUUACUGGGAGGUGAGAGCCCAAAAGGACUGCAAAUCCUACAGUGUGGGAGUAGCAUAUAAAAACCUGGGGAAAUUUGACCAGCUGGGAAAGACUAAUUCGAGCUGGUGCAUCCAUAUCAACAACUGGCUGCAAACCACAUUUUCAGCAAAACAUAAUAACAAAGCCAGGACUCUAGACAUACCUGCUCCAGACAGAAUAGGAGUGUACUGCGACUUUGAUGGAGGUCAGCUCACAUUUUAUAACGCAAACUCAAAGCAACUGUUAUAUACCUUCAGAACAAAAUUUACCCAACCAUUACUACCAGGCUUCAUGGUCUGGUGUGGUGGGCUUACAGUGAGUACUGGACUGCAGGUGCCAAGUGCUGUGAAAACGCUCCAGAAAAGUGAAAAUGGAUUGAGCGGUUCAGCUGGCAGUCUAAAUAAUGUUACCCAAUAACCUCUCCAUUUAAACACUUCUAUUGCUGAGUGUUUUUUUCUGUAUAGUUGCUACUCACGGAAGCUUGUGAACCUUGGAUUAAACUGGCUUUGCUACCCACUGCUGUUUUAAGGCCAGGGUACUGAUAGUGAAAAUGUUCUGGACUAAAGUGUUAGGAAGAGGCUGCUGUGAAUCCACAGAGCUAGACAGAAAAAUACUGUUAUUUGUAAAACGUGGGAAAAUCAAGAGCUGUAGCUAUGUCCUUUUCUAAUACUGCACUUGUAUUUUGUUAUGGACUUGGAAUAUUCAUUUUGUGUUACAAAUUUUAUUUUUCUAUGAAGAAUAUGAUAAAUGCUAUUUUCUUAGCUGUCCUAACAUGCAACAUUUGACUGUAUUUUAUUGCUACUGAGCUUCCAAAUAGAGCUAGAGAUGACAAACACAUUUUGGAAGAAUACCUUAAUUCAUGUAAGAGGUUAUGGGCCAGCCGUGAAUAAACAAUAUGAGCAGUCUGCUUCUGAUAAAGCACUGCUUGUUUCCCAUGAAUCACUUAAGUAUCAUGUAUUUAAAGAGUGAGUUCAGCUCAUGUUUAUCUCCAAUUACAGAAAACUUAAAAAUUUAAAGGCAUUUAAAAACACAGUUGUCUGUCAUCCAUGAAGGCUAAUAAUAGCGAACUAUUUAGCUAAGUAGUACUUUUUUGGUUAUGAACCUCAUAGCUAAUCAAGAGUUUUUAAAGCCACAGCGUGGUCCCUAAGAUAUCCUUAAUUUUGAGUCAACUCUUGACUUCCUAGUUUUGUGAGUUUAUUGUAGUUGGAUUUUGAUAAUCAACAGUUUGCACUGUUCAAACUGUUUGUCAGAUGGAAACGACAAGUUGAACGGCUUGUCCUUGUCUGCCUGUAGCAUAACUACAAUGCAGCUGAGGCAAGGACCAGAGGUGAGAGUGUGAACUUGAAUAAUGCCCUCCAGAAAGGAGGAAGCUCUUGCUAAAGCGUCUUCUAGCUUUUUCUCAAGCAGUGUCAAGGCUGGCUAAGACUUCUUAAACAGCUGUGUCAAUAUCACAGCUGGUCUUGAGCAGAGGUGGUAUCUAAACUCCUGGUGGUGAUGGACUGUGAUCUUGGCCCUGGGAGACAUUUGAGCAAUCCAUGUUUUGACUAGCUUAGCAACUGGAACUUUCUGGACAGCCAAAGACCACCAAAAAUUGUAUGAUUUAUUCAUCUAAGAAAAAUGUAGCAUAUCUGUAGCAUUCCACUCUUAACAUACUAGCUUGUACCAUAUGCUGUGUAUGUGUGGACUUAUGAGACUGGCUUUCACAGGAUCAUAUUCUAAAGUUUCUGUUCAGAGACUCAGACUUCACCCCUUUCCCUCUUUUAGGGCAAGUGAAAAGUCUAAAGCAAAGUGCUUUGCAAACUUACAUCAGAUCUGCUCUUGGAACUGCAUUUAUACAUGCUGUUUUCUGAAUCAAGUGAAACAGGGCAUGAGUGUUUUGUCAUCUCAGUUCUUAGUUGGAAACUUAUUAGUAAUAGUCAAAUAAUUCAUUAGUGGGAAAGCUAAAAAAGAAAAAAGAUAGCAUGUUAUUCUUUGUGGAAGGUCUUAAACCUUUUCAGUUAGAAUUACGUGUGUUUUAUCUACUGUUCAAGUCUGUUUUCUUUCCUCUAAUCAAGUCAAGAAGCCUAGAAGUAAUCUUCAGAUGUAUUUUUGAAUUGUGUUUCCUUACUGAAGAUAUUUCAUUCUCUCACCUGAAAACUGUUUCAAAUUCAUGCUGAUAGUGUCUGUAGUGAAUCAGCUCCUUUUCUACAGGGCCAAAGUGUUCUUUAUUCUGUAUAUCUUUUAGGCUAUAAAAACAUGACCAUCUUGUUGAUGUUAAAGCUUGUUAACAUCAAUGGGUCCUUUUCCUCUAUCAAAACUUCUCAAGAGGAGAAAUUGCUUGAAAUAAAUUGUAAUAAACUGGUAGUGAUAUUCUGUGGAAAAUUAAAUUUGAUUCUUAAUUUCAGUACCUGCUUUAGAAAGUUUUGUUCUUCUUGAGAAAUUUUGAGGUUGGCAGUAAGUUUGAGCCCUUAAUGUUCAUUUCAUACAUGAAACUUGAACAUCACUAAACAUUUGCAUUAUGAACAAAGCUAGCUGUAAUCUCUUUUGCAGAGGAGCGUAAAAACAGUUACCAGUUGAGCUGCACCCUCCUUGGUCAGUUAAAUGUUGAGUCUUGAAAUUUAAAGGUUAUGGAAGGUGACAUGGUCCUUAAAUGAACAGCAUCUGAAUCUGCUUAUCACAAAUACUGCAUCUACAGAUGUUGUUAUCCCAAAGCCUGUGUAGUAAUCUUAAGUCUUUCUUCCACAUUUCUUUCCUUUUAACUGCAAUAAACACCUGACUGAUGGUUAUAGGGUCUCAAAUUUCAAUGAAUUGAGUGUGAGGUGAGGGAGUGAGACUUGUGUGCUUGGAUCCUGGUGGUGGUCAGAGAGAGGAGGGUUAAGACUAAUGCUUCUAGUUUUGAGACUUGUUAUAUUGAGUGACUGUGAUAAACAGGAUUCUAAAUAGGCUAGUGCCUGUUCAUACUGCUCAGCCAUCUGCUUAUCUGGGGUAUUCAGCUGCAGUUCCUAUUGCAUUUCCCUUUCUGGAAAGAAAGUGAAUGUUACUAUAAGGUGAAAUGUGUAGUGAAUGAUGAAUAACCAUGGGUAAACUCCAACACUACAUAAGAACAUUUAAAUUAUGAACUUGUUUUAGCAAGAUGUAGUGAAACAUGCAAGGUAAAUCUGAUUAUACACAAAGUAUAAAAACUUAGUUUUUUCUUUAACACUGUUAUAGUACCAUAGUUUGAAAGAAGCUUGAAGUAUUUCGUACUGUGAUUUGAUUCCCAAGGUUUAGUUUAACUGAUAUCCUAGAUGAACUUAACGUGUGACUUAUUUUACCCUUAAAGGAUGGAUUUAUUAUAUAAUAGUUUGCACAGAUGUCAAUUUUUUGCUGCUAACAGCUAGUCCCAUUAUUUUUAGUAAAUGGGACAUGAAGAAGAGGAAUUGCCUUAAGCACUUUAGAUUUUUUUAGACUUUUUUGAACUAGUAUCUGUUUCAAAUUGAGUACCAAUGUAUUAGUGAUACUCUGUAGCAGUUGGCACACUGUUUGUAGGAAGUAAACUGAAAAAAUAGCACUUGCUCUGCAGCUACACAAGAGACUUAUGCAGCUUGUGAAGUUACUUUUUGAGAUAGCUUCAGGGACUGAAUGGAUUGCUCUUGCUUGUGAAUGAGUUUGACCUUCUGAAGGUCUGUAGUUUUGCCAGAUAGUUGGCAUUAGUAUAAUAUGUCUAGUGAUGUAAAUACUGAGCUUUUCUGCUCUUAAGUCAAAGACUGGUGGCUAAUCAGGAGUUUUCUUCUGUAUUACCAAAACAAGAAUUUUUAUUAAUGCUAUUUAGUAAACUAAUUAUUGGUAUUCUGUCAGGAUUACAUUACUUCUAAAAUAACCUAUUGUAAGGAACUGCAGAAGUUUUCUCCCGAGUCCUUACUAUAAUAAAUUGUGGCUUUCAUUGUUUUUAUGGAAAGCUAUAUGAAUUGAAACAAGGAAUAUUAUUUUUCAAAGAUUGUUUAAAAGUGUCCAGAUGAUAAGUAUUUCCUCAAAUAGUGAAAUAUAGAAGGCAGAGCCUGACAGUUUUUCCUUCAGCCAUCCUGUAAGAAAAAAAAGUAGAAGGUAAUAUACGAUAUACAAUUCCCCCCCUCCCCCCUGCACCCCUCCCCCCCAAUUUUUGUUCCUUUUCACAUUGAGACAGACUGAGGAAACUUAUUUCCCUCAGGGAAAACACCUAAGUAAUACUCUGCUCUUCUAAGCAUCAUAGGUUAUGAAUAUUAAACAUAGCUUGGUAGAUAUUUUCAUCAGAAUUUUACUUAGAAUUUUUCCUGUAACCUUGCUUACUGUUAAACUAAACUGAUUUGAAUAAAAUGAUAGAAGGGAAACAUGGUAAAGGGGAUUCUCUUUUUUUCCCAGGCACUGUAAAGUAGGCUUUAUGCGUGUUUCAAUAUUAGGCUAAACAAUUUCUUCCUCCACUGUUUGGUGUACCCAUUGCUGCAUGUGCCUUGCAGAAGUAAAGCUGUAAUCAUCUGUUGGCUGAAACUGUUAAGCAUGCUAAAGAUCUUGUGUUUUCACAUUUUAUUUACCAAGUUACACACUGGGUCUCCAUAAACAUCACUUUGACUGUACCUCAGGUAUUCUGUAAUCAGUGCUUCAUUCCUCUUUUCUUUGGAAAGUAGCUGUGCAUAGCAGACCUCUCACUAUCCACACUGAAUUACAGGGGUGCCUUAGAGCCCGCAGAGUAUUUUAAUGUCUUUAACUUGUAUGUGAUGCAAGCAUUUUGUACUAAUAAAUAACAACUUUGAAAUCUAA